AAGGAGACUCGCAAACCUUAACCAUUCUUCAGUGCCGCAGACAUCUUUCUUGAGAUACCAAGUUAAACAUGUGCACUGGUGCUGAAUCUCGAGGAAAUAUAAAUGGUGAGCCUGUGAUUCCAAAGGUGGGAGGAGACUAUGAGGGGAAUAGAAUGAGAACCAUAGAAGAUGGAGAAAGAGAGAGAGCUUGUUACAACUGUGGCACAUUCAUUCAAGGUCUUCUUCAACGUCUUCAUCACCUUCUCACUGCGCUUAAUCUUUCUAUUUCUGCUUCUGAGUUGAAAGAAGAGUUGCAGUCUCUUGCAAAGGUUGCAACUCCUAUAAUAAUGACUAGCCUGAUGAUGUACUCUCGAUCUGCUGUGUCCAUGUUGUUCUUGGGACGCCAAGGGAAAGUAGAGCUUGCAGGAGGCUCACUAGCACUUGGAUUUGCAAACAUAACUGCGAAUUCAGUUCUCAAAGGCCUCACAAUGGGAAUGGACCCAAUUUGUUGUCAAGCUUUUGGAGCAAAGAGAUGGUCAGUUCUCAACCAAACCUUUUUCAGAACUAUAUGUCUCCUCCUACUUGUUGCCAUACCCAUUUCAAUUUUAUGGCUAAACAUGGAACCAAUCCUUCAAAUGCUAGGUCAAGACCCUGAAGUCACAAAAGUUGCCCAAGUUUACAUGGUCUUCUCUAUUCCAGAGUUGCUAGCACAGGCUCAUCUUAAUCCAUUGAGAUCUUUCUUAAGAACCCAAGGCUUAACCACACCAGUCACUGUAGCUGCAUCUUGUGCAGCACUCUUGCACCUUCCCAUCAACUAUUUCUUGGCCACAUACUUGAACUUAGGGGUAAAGGGUAUUGCAUUAGCCACUGGUUUGAACUCUAUAAACAUGACUUUAGGCUUGCUGCUCUAUGUUUUCUUCUCAAACAAACCACUGAAACCCUGGCAAGGAGCUACUAUUCUCUCAGCCUUUCAUGGGUGGAAACCACUGCUGAGUUUGGCAUUGCCUAGUUGCAUUUCAGUGUGCUUGGAGUGGUGGUGGUAUGAGAUAAUGCUCUUUCUGUGUGGGUUGUUAAGCAAUCCACAAGCCACUGUUGCUACCAUGGGGAUCCUUAUUCAAACACUUGGAUUCUUGUAUGUGUUUCCGUUUUCCCUUAGUAUAGCCUUGACAACAAGAAUUGGUCACUCGUUAGGUGCAGGGCAAGCAUCCAAGGCACAAAGUACAGCCAUAAUUGGGUUCAUGACAGCAUUUACUCUGGGGAUCACCACCUUCAUUUUGUUGUUUUUUGUGAGGAAAUCAUGGGGGAAACUUUUCACUGAUGAGAUACAAAUUCUUGAUCUGGUCACGACUAUACUUCCCAUUCUUGGGCUGUGUGAGAUUAGCAAUUGGCCUCAAACAGUUUCAUGUGGGAUUUUGUCAGGGACUGCUAGGCCUUAUUUGGGUGCUAGAAUAAACUUGUGUGCCUUUUAUCUGGUGGGGUUACCAGUUUCUGUUUUUGCUUCUUUCGUCUACAAGUAUGAAUUGGUGGGUUUGUGGUCUGGAAUGGUUGCUGCACAGGCUUCUUGUCUUUGCAUGAUGGUUUACACAUUGAUUCAAACAGAUUGGGGGCAGCAAUGUAAUCGGGCAGUGGAACUGGCUCAGAAAACAACAGAUCAGGAAAACAAAAAUGAUGAGGAAAGUGGGUUACUUGGUUCUAAUCAAUGACACUGCAAUUCAUUUUUUGUGCAGUGUUAGUUAACCAUCUAUGUUCAUUCAAUAACCAUCUACUAUUGAUUCAUCAGGAUGUACAAAAUUUAGAAAACCUUGCAAGUGAAUAACUCAUUCACAAGCGUAAAAAUUGCUUAUGCUAUGGUCCACAAUCAAUCAAUUUUUUGGACUCUCUUCAAAGAUGCGUUCACUCUACACCAUCACUAACAUUUAUGUUGUAACUAGCUUCUGUCCAUGCACAUACUGUGUUUCUUGUAAUCCAUGACCAUGGGAUUCCAACACCAGCAUCAAACAUCAAAUAGAUAUAGACGCUUCAACGUGAUUAAUUAAUGUCCAAAAUAUAGAAUUUUCACUCAAAAUUUGAUAACUUUAUAUAAACAUGAUAUUCUUGUAGAAAAACAAGAACACUCAAGUAAAUGAUGCAUCACCUUUAAAUUUGGAUUGUGUUGCUUUG